GUGAGCCAUUACGAAAAGCAGCUAGAUGAGACAAAAAUCCACAGUGAAAAGGAGCAAGAGGAUAUGAGGAAGAAGUAUACUGAAGAGAUACAUGUCAUGGAAAAGCAAAUAACUGGCCUUAAAAAGCAAAUUGCAGAGCUGCAAGGAGAGGCAGCACUGCUCAGAGAACAGCAAGAACAGCUUGACUGUAAACAUAAGGAUGAGAAAAACAAAUUAAAAACGAGUUUCGAUGAGGAAAAAGCCAAUUUGCAGGAACUAUUGAGGCAGGAGCACGAAGAAGAUGUUAGAGCCAGGCUGGAGCAGGUAAACGAGAAGUUUAGUCAAGAACGGGAAGAACUGAUUCAAAACGGUGUCUGGGUGGAAGAAAAGAUGAGAGUUUUAGUGCAGACACUGCAGGAAGAGAAGGGAGAGCUGGAACGUGGCUUUCAUGAGCAGCUAAAAAGGAUGGCAGAGGUGCAUGCCCUGGAGAAGGAAGAGCUCCAACAAGAGCUGCUGAGGAAGCACGAGCAGGACCUGGAGGAGGAAAGGAAAAAAAUGGAAAGUGACUAUAACAGAAGAGCAUCUCAUGCAGAAACUCAGUUUUCUGUCGACACACAAACACUUGUGAAUAAAUACGAAGAAAUGAUCCGAAAACUGGAAGGACGUUACCAGCGAGAGUUACAUGAACUUGCCGAACAGCAAAGGGAGGAGAAAUCUCAGUGGGAGUUUGAAAAGGAUGAAAUUGCUCAGGAGGUUGCUGAAGCUCAUGAGCAACUGAAGGAAAAUCUGGCAAAGGAAAAGGCUGUUUCUUCUGCCCUGACCCAGGAGAAAGAUCUUCUGGAGAAAAACUUCAAGGAAGAAGUGAACAAGCUUGUGUGCGAGAGAGAGCAGCUUGAGAACGAGCUGCGAGACCUGAGGAAUGCUGCUGAGAAGCAAGAGAAAAAGCUGAAUGAUAAAAUAACAGAACUCCAAAAUGAUCACAAAAAAGAGCUAAAGAACAAAGAAGAGCAUAUAUCCGUGGUGGAGGAAGAUGGGAAGCUGGUUAGGCAAAAGCUGGAGAGGCUUGACAGUGAAUAUAAGCAGGAGAAAGAAGAACUCAAUUCCAAACUUCUUGCUUUGGAGAGUUUAAACAAAGACAUCUGUGUAAGAGCAGAAACAGAGAAGGCCGAGAUGAGUUUGGAAAUCUCAAACCUUCAAGGGAAAAUACAGAAAUUGCAGUGGGAGACCCAUAGUUUUUCCGCACUACAAAAUCAUUAUAGGGUCCUGGAAAAUGAGUAUGCAAAAGCAAAGAGCAAAAUCGCUUCUUUCUCUGGCAUGGCGCCUCUGGGAGGUGAUGCAGAUGUCCUCUUAAAUCUGCAGAAAGUGCAUGAGCAAGCUGUGAAGGAAAAUGUCAGAAUGGCUGCCGAGAUCCUCAGGCUGCAGCACAGGUUGCAAGCUGCGGAGCGGGAGCCUGUGCAACCUCCCAGUCCUGGCUGCUCUGGCUCAGAAGGAUCUCAGCUGCCAGAUGAAACAGUUCCCAUUUUUGAAGGGUUGCCCAGCGAUUGUAAAGAUGCAGACAAGGGAACAGAUUCGCAUGUCCUUCUGCUUUUGGAGGCUGAUACUACAGAGCUGGAAGACAUGACCGAGAGUGAUUCAGAUUUGGAGAAAGCAUGUGCUAAAGCCAGAGCCGAUGGCCAUGCACUCAAGGUGCAGGUGUGUCAGAUGCAAGGAAGUAAAGCAGCGCUGGAAGCUGAUGGCCAUCAGGAUUGUGACAAGAAUCAAGAGCUGCUUUCUUGGGUGCCUCUGCUGCAAAAAAAGAGAGAUCUCAAGAAAACUCUUGAGAGGGUUCCCAGACCAAAAAUGCUACACAACAAUGUUAAACAGCAGAAGGUUCAUCUGUUAAAUCACAGAAUAGCUCCCAAAAAGAAAGGGUUUGUUUCUGAUGCUUUGAAGCUGCAGGUUGAGCUUGAGAAGGCUGAAGAACUGAGUGAAGCCUCUCUCCAGCUUGAUCAUGCUCCUGGGUCAACAAAUGGUGACCUGAAAAGGGUAAUAGCUCAGCUUUGGAAAAGGGUCGAAGAGUUAGAAGACAGAUCAAUGGCACAGGCUAAACUUCUGUCACUACAAGAAGAAAUUCAGGUAGAAAAUGAGGAUCUGAAAUCUGAAAUGAUAAAGUUAGUUGAAAAAAAUAAAGUGCUAGAAGACAACCUGCGUAAGCUGAGAAGCCUUCAUUGCAAACUAGAAGAAAGUAAACUGGAAAGUAUUACGCUCAGAGAGGAAAACACACAGCUCCUCCAAAAAGUUAAAGAAUUGGAAGAUGUCCAAGAACAAGAUGCACAAGGAAACGCAGAUGCACACAGUGCCAAAUUAAGACUGCGAUGCCAGCUUGGGAAGCUGGAAGAACAUGCCGCCGUAUUUACAGGUCAACAAGACAAGCAUGCCCAAAGCAUGGUGAAAGAAAUGUCAGCAGAAAAGAGGGAGCUGCAAGAGCCCAACAGAAAGCUGAAGGAAAAAGCUGCUGAUCUGGUUCACCCAAAUAACAUGCAUUUCCAUGAAGAGGAGAGGAAUACAGUGACGCACGGCUUACAAAGCAUGUGCGCUGAACUGCAGCAAAAAGUUGAUCUUCUGAGAUGUGAAGCCGAGAAGCUCAGAGAAGAAAAUGCUAUUCUGAAAAAUGAAGUGACUUUAUUAAAUGAGGAAGGCAGUGCUUCCAGCCUGAAACUGAGGGAGCUAAAUGGAUCCCGAGAAGAAAUGUGGCAAAAGAUAGAGGCUGUGAGAAAGGAGAAAAUAGCUGUACAGAAGAUGGUUGACAACCUGAAGAAGCAGGUAGUAGAUCUGAAAACCAGAAACCAGCAGCUGGACUCUGAAAAUACAGAACUUAGCCAAAGGAACUCCAAAAAUCAAGCAGACGUGCAGGAUCUCAAUCAACAGCUGGCAAGGGUGCUCAAGCAAAAGGAAAGGGAAGCGGGAAAAUGUACCCUGGAAGAAUGGGAAAAGGAGAGACUGGCACUGAAAGAGGAAUUGGAAAACUCCAAAGUAAAGUCAUCCAAUAUGGUGUCGUCCUUGGAGAUGGAGCUGUCAAAAAUGAAGAUUCAAGCUCAUAUAUUGGAGCAGGAGAACCACAUCCUCAAGCAGGAACUCGAGAAGACAAAACAGCUGCCCAGAUGUCCUGAUCUCUCUGACCUUCAAAAUGAAGUUUCGAGCUUAAUUACUAAGAAUGAAAAGCUGCAGAAAGAAAAAGAAGCCCUGAGUGAGGAAUUAAACAGAUGUAUUGAUAAGGUAGCUAAAGUAAGCUGCUUAGAGAAUGCAAUUGGCAGCUUGAAGCAGGAACAGAAGUCCUGGGAACAGCAGAGUCAAACACUGAAAACGCAGCUCACCGUUUCACAAGAAAAGGUUCAGACUCUAGAUGAAACGCUGCAAAAUACCAACCUUCAAAUGUCCCGACUAAAAUCGGACUUACGGGUGACGCAACAGGAGAAGGAAACUCUUAAACAAGAAGUGAUGUCUCUACACAAGCAACUGCAGAAUGCCAAUGAAAAGAAUCGGGUUCUAGAACUGGCUGUGCCUUCCUCAGGGCUGCAGGACCAACAGAGGCAACUACACUGGGAUGAACUGGACCAGCUGACGAAACAGGAGCAGCAGCUGCUCAGGCAGGAGAAUGAGAGGCUGCAGAGAGAAGUCCAGAGCACUAAAACAGAGCUGACUCACUCCAGGGAGAAGAUCAGACAGCUGGAAUCUACUAUCCUUUCCCUAAAGCACCAAAAGCAUCAAAGCCAGUCAGGUAUCGUCAAAGCCAUAGAGCAAGAGAAAUUAAGCUUGAAGAGAGAGUGUGAACAGCUUCAGAAGGAGUUGUCAUCUGCAAACAGGAAGAUCAGUCAGAUGAAUUCUCUUGAACGUGAACUGGAAACCAGCUCAGAAAAUGAAGGGCUAAGAAAAAAGCAAGUCAAACUGGAUGAUCAGUUAAUGGAGAUGCUCCACUCAAGCGCCAGUGUGAUGCUUAGCCAACCACCGCACUCCCGGGAGCUCCAGCAGCAAGGCUGUGCUAUGGUGCCCAAGGAACAGUUCCUGCAGCUCCAACACCAGCUACUACAAGCAGAGAGGAGGAGUCAACGUCUUCAGGAAGAACUUGAAAGUAGACCCUCUGAAACAAACAUGCAACAGGGGGGUCAUGAGCAGCUGCUAAAAAUGAUGGAAGAACGUAUGAUGGACGUUGAACAGAAACUAAGGCUUGUGAAGAGGCUUCUCCAAGAUAAAGUAAAUCAGCUGAAAGAACAACUUUCCAAGAACACUAAAGCAGAUGCAAUGGUCAAGGAUCUCUAUGUUGAGAAUGCACAACUGCUGAAGGCUUUGGAGAUGACAGAACAGCGGCAGAAAACUGCUGAAAGGAAAAACUAUUUACUAGAAGAAAAAAUUGCCAAUCUCAAUAGAAUAGUAAAGAACCUGGCAUCCCCAUCAUUUAAUUCAGCAUCCGAGAUAAGGUUAUAG